AUGGAUGCAGCGGGUUCUCAUAGGAAGCUUCAAUUGCAAGAGUUGGAGGAGAUUCGUAGGGAGGCAUAUGAGAAUUCCAACAUCUACAAAGAGAGAACCAAAGCAUUCCAUGAUAAGAGGAUAGGUCGGAAAGAGUUUCAUAUUGGUGAUAAAGUUCUUUUAUAUAAUUCUAGACUUAACUUGAUGCCCGGUAAGUUGAGAUCUAGAUGGGAUGGACCUUAUCUUGUUAUUAAUGUUUUUCCUUAUGGUGUAGUUGAGCUUCAAGACAUGGGAUCCCAAAGGAGCUUCAAAGUUAAUGGGCAUAGACUUAAAGUUUUUCAUGAGGACUUGAAAGAGCAUGCACAAGAGGAGGAGGACUCUACAUUUGGAUUGGCCAUUUACCCUUGA